ACGUCAGCUCGUAGUCUGGCCGAAACAAGUCAUUUAGACUGGACAUGAUGGGGAAGACGCAGCUUAGCCUCCAUUAAAGGUUGAAACAAGUACAAAAUACAAGUUUAAGCUUCUCAUAGCAUGCCUACGGCUCUUGUGGGCGCUUUUAAGUAACUUACAGGAGCCCUCUUUGGAAGGAUGGCAGCCCCGGGCAACUCACUCCAGCAGCCCAGGGUGAGGCGCAGCAAUGCGGGCUCCCCCGGCUCGCUCAACACCGCCAGCUGCCGUCUGCACCCCAUCCGUGCCACCGUGCCCUACCAGCUCCUGCGCGGCGGCCAGAGCAGCCCGACGCGGCCGCACAACAUCCACGGGGGGGCCGCGGGCAGCCGAGGCUCCAGCCCCCCUUCCAGCCCGACUCUCCUCCCAGGAAGUGGGCUCGCCAGGCAGAAGCUGUCUCCAGAAAACAGGGACUCCUGUCCGCCAGACUCGCCUGUUUCUAGAGCAGAAAGAUCCAGGCUUCAGAUGCGGAGUUCCAGUGCUAUUCGGCGAACGUCUUCCCUGGAUGCCAUCACGGGGCCGUACCUCACCGGCCAAUGGCCCCGCGAUGCACACGGACCGUACCCUUCUUGUAUGAAAGACAAAUCCACUCAGACUCCUUGUCUCUGGAUGGACGAGGGGGCAGAACAGGGAAGUCCACACCAAAGGUCGGGCUCCUGGGGCAGCGCCGACCACCUCAAGGAGCAGAUCGCCAAGUUGAGACUGCAGCUUCAGCGAAGCAAACAAGUCAGCCGGCAGAGCAAAGAGCGUGACGCCACCUCCGCCACGCUACACGUACAACACGGCGGCCAGUGUACCUCACAGCACAAAGGGUCGUCAUCCACACCGCUGCCAAAGACGCUGAUAUGUCGCGUACCGAGCAGCGUGGAGGGCAUCAACCACGAGCUGGAAAACGUCUUCAUCAGAGAGAACUGGGAGCACAGCAUACAGGCCAUGGAUGCCGCUGAUGGACGGCGUGCCCCCUUCCCCGUCCAUCGCUACAGCCACAGCGGGGAGACACGCGACACCGACACGCAGGCACCCUCCAGCGGCGAGUCCAGCCCGUCGCCCCACCCCCUUAGCCCCGAACACCUGCUCUCCCCUGACGGAAGCCCCUCCUCCACGGAGGAAGUAGACAAAGACGGCGUAUGUAGUUCUCCCCUCCCAAAGUUUGCCACCUCGCCCAAGCCCAACAACAGCUACAUGUUCAAGCGAGAGCCACCAGAGGGCUGUGAGAAGGUUAAAGUGUUUGAGGAGAUGGUGUCGGGCCAAUCCAAAGGCUUCCCCCUCUUCUCGUGUCCCGACAAAAACAAGGUCAACUUCAUCCCGCGAGGCUCCGCCUUCUGCCCCGUCAAGCUGCUCUGCUCCUCCCUCUUCUCCCCCGUCUCCUGCGCCUCCGUCGGCCACGGCCUCCACGCCAACGACGCUCAGGUGACCCCCGCCCCGCCGCCCCUGCCCUCCGCUGUCAGAGAAACAGACGCCGUUCGGCAAAGCCCGGGAGUCGAGACGGGUAAGGACGGCUCGGCGCAACUCGUCCUCACCAGCGUGUCCUCAGGUAUUUAAAAGACCAAUAAGGCUUCGAAGAAAAAAACGAAACAAAAAAAACAAAAACACAAGCUUGCACUCAGUUAGUCUUAAGUUUAGCCAGCAGGGGGUGCCCAAGCUCUCACUCUGGUAUCCUGCAAGAGAGGUUCUAGGUCCUGGACCUCAUUACCACAAUUAUAUUUUGCUUUGUCUUUAAUGGGGUUUAAAGUUUGUCAGCAAUACAACAACUAUCUUAUUAACACUAGGGAUGAUGUUCCGAACCGAAUCUCCCCAUCAUUCGAUGAGAAUGGUUUUGAAUCUCUUUUUGAGAACCGUUUCGUUAUCGAAGCCACUAUACCGUAUUUUCGUAUACCGUAUUAAAAGUCGCCGUGUCAGUUACGGGUGCUUUUUCUGUAUUUAACGCUUAAAUAAGGCGCAGCGUGUUUUUGGGCGCAGAGCUGGGCGAUACGGCCUUUUUUAAUAUCUCUAUUUUUAAGCCAUAUGGCGAUACACGAUAUAUAUCUCCAUAUUUUGCCUUAGCCUUGAAUGAACAUAUAAUCACAGCAGUAUGAUGAUUCUAUGUGGAGACAUAAAACAUUCUUCUUCAUACUGCAUUAAUAUAUGUUCAUUUUAAACUUUCAUGCAGAGAAGGAAAUCACAACUAAGUCAGUUGACCAAAACUGUAUUAAUUAAAAUUAUUAGCAGGUGACUUUUAAAAUGUUGCUACGCUUGUGCCCCACACUUGACAAAUUAAAGUUGUCUAUCCGACAUAUUCCCGCUUGAAGCCAAACCACCGCCAGGCGAUGGACCCCCUGCUGUUUUUCUUGGGAAUUAAUUCUUCCUUCAUUUGUUAGCAGAUUCAAACCUUCUUUCUCCCUUAUUACCACUCGCACGGCUUCACUAGCAUCACAGCUAACGUUACUCAUGCUGUUACUCGGGGAGGGUGUGUGACGUAUGUAAGGUGUGCUUGUUUUAAGUCCGUGUGAGAAGAAGAGAUAAGAAAGAGGGAGAGAUGCAUGCAGUUUAAUGCCCGCAGCUAAAGGCAACUGCGUGAGAAUGAAUACUCAGAUAUCAUGAUAUACUGUAUUUCCUUGAAUUGCUGCCAGGGCGCUAAUUAAUUUAAAACCUCUUCUCACUCCUGCGCUUACCAAAGGCAUGGGGUAAUACUAAGCAUGCGCUAAUUAUUUUGGGAAGCGAGUUUGACCCUGCAACAAUUCAAGGCAGGCGCAUACUAUAUGUCCUGCGGCAAUUCAAGGAAAUACGGUAGUCAUUUUCUAUAUUGCACAGAGACAAACCUGAUAUAUUGGUAUUGCCCAGCCCUAGAUUAAACAUACGCCUGGACACUUUAAAAAAAUAUUGAUAUUGCCCAGCCCUAGAUUAAACAUACGCAUGGACACUUUUAAAAAGCUGAGUUCGGUUGUACUUUAUUGAAGUAUUUAUCAAUGUACUGACAUUAUUUUUUUGAUCAAUCUUCAUCCACGAAUCAAUCAAAGUCCUCAUCUUCUGUGUCUGAAAUGAACAGCUGGGCAAGUUCUCCAUCAAAAACGCCAGAUUCCUUCCCCCUCAUUUUCAAAGUCAGUCUCGUUGUCCAUUAACAGGCUAGCACUAAAGUAAAAGCCCACUUCUCUUGCGUCACCGUACCAUGAAUUGGUUAACGUGGACCCUGACUUAAACAAGUUGAUAAACUUAUUGGGGUGUUACCAUUUAGUGGUCAAUUGUACGGAAUAUGUACUGUACUGUGCAAUCUACUAAUAAAAGUUUCAAUCAAUCAAUCAAAAAACUGGCAUGUCGAAAGUGAGCAGCAUCUCGUCCAUGUUGGUGAUGUGUUUUGUCGGCAAUUUAUUUUAAUUUACAACGCACAUAGCAGCACUACAUGCUCACUUUGGCGUCCUCUCUCACCUGAAACCGUCACCCUAUAACGUCCGCAUGCUGUCCUCAGUCACGUAAUAUCAACAGCGUCAUAUAACGUCUAUGGCAAGGGUAGGGAACCUAUGGCUCUCCAGCCAGAUGUGGCUCUUUUGAUGACUGCAUCUGGCUCUCAGAUCCUUCUUAGCUGACAUUGCUUAACCCGAUAAGUAAUGAAUAAUUCCACAGUGUAAAAAUAACGUUCAAAAUAUAAAACAUUAGUUUCAAAUGGAUGACGCAUUUGUGGAGGUGUGUGCAUGCCGCCGAAUGCAAACAUUGCAUUUUAAUCCAGCCAUCUGUUUUCUACCGCACCUGUUCAAGAAGUCGCAAUAAUAGUAAGAAGUAUUUUAUUUAUUAUUGGUUAGCCUGAGAAUUACAAUUUUAUCAAAAAGAACAAGAGAUUUAUUAUACUCUAAAAAUGUCGGUCUUACUUAAAAAAUGCACGCAUUUAGUUGUGUUCAGUGUUAAAGGGGAACAUUAUCACAAUUUCUGAAGGGUUAAAACCAAUAAAAAUCAGUUCCCAGUGGCUUAUUUUAUUUUUCGAAGUUUUUCUAAAAAUUUUACCCAUCACCCAAUAUCCCGAAAAACGGCUUCAAAGUGCCUGAUUUACACCAUCGCUAUAUCCACCCGUCUAUUGUCCUGUGACGUCACUGCGUGAAGCCAACAGAAACAAACAUGGCGGAUAGCACAGAAAGGUAUAGAAUAGUAGCUCGGAUUCAGACUCGGAUUUCAGCGGCUUAAGCGAUUCAACAGAUGACGCAUGUAUUGAAACGAAUGGUUGGAGUGUGGAGGCAGGUACCGAAAACUAAAUUAAAGAAGAAACAGAAGCUCUUGAGCCAUAUCACGACACACAGCGGCAUGGGAGGAAGCAAGGACAAAUUUGGCGAUUGCCUUCUAACCAACGAUUGGUAUGUGUUUGUUUGGCAUUAAAUGUGGGUGGAGGGAAAGGCUGGAUGCAAAUAUAGCUACUAAUGUACAUACAGCUAGCCUAAAUAGCAUUGAUUACCUUGCAGUCAUGCCGUGACCAAAUAUGUCUGAUUAGCACAUAAGUCAAUAACAUCAACAAAACUCACCUUUGUGAUUUCGUUAACUUUAUCGUUGGAAAUGCAUCUGCUCUGAGUGUCGCGGGAUAUCUACACAUUCUUGCCAUCUCUGUCGUAGCAUCGCUGUCGUCGGUAAAGUGUGCGGAACAAACGAGGGACUUUCGCAUCUUUUGGCCACUGUUGUAACUUGAAUCCGUCUUUGUUAGUGUUGUUACACCCUCCGACAACACACCGACUAGGCAUGAUGUCUCCAAAGUACGGAAAACAGUCGAAAAAAUGGAAAAUAACAGAGGUGAUUUGACUUGGUGUGUGUAAUAUGUUUGAGAAAAUGGCGGAUUGCUACACGAUGUGACGUCACGGGUGAAAGGUCAUCUCUCUGACAGGCGAAGAAUUGAAAGGCGUUUAAAUCGCCAAAUUAACUUUUUUAGAGUUCGGAAAUCAGUUAAAAAAAACAUUGUCUUUUUUCUGCAACAUCAAGGUAUAUAUUGACGCUUACAUAGGUCUGGUGAUAAUGUUCCCCUUUAAAAAAUAUUACAUGGCUCUCACGGAAAUACAUUUUUAAAUAUUUGGCUUUCAUGGCUCUCUCCGCCAAAAAGGUUUCCGACGCCUGAUCUAUGGCUUUUAGAACUCAGUGCACACACGACAACCUAUCUGGAUUCGAUGAGGAAUUGGUUUGUUUAAAGGAUUCAAUAAUGGGCUUGAACUCGAUAAUUUAACGAACAUCAUCCCUAAUUAACACUUCCUGUUAGUGCCGCAGACUAACGUGUAAGAAAGCUUGUACAUUAUGGGAUUGGGUCAGGACGUGCCUUGUUCUGUCUGUCGUGUGUUGCAGCCACACUUUGCCUUCCCGCAUGAUCGCCACGAUCUACAUUUUUUCUUAGCGAGAGACCAAAAGACUGAUAUGGGGGGAAGGGAAGAAGACUCCGCCUUCCUGCUUCGCGGCGGUCUUUUAGCGGAACAAAACGACUCAGGUUGGUGUGGAAUGUUUUUGUUCGGACCGUUGCCAUUUUCCAAGCGCCGUUUGAUACGAAUCACAUCAGCAGACUCCUCGUAGAACCUGUUUUUUUUAAGCUUUUAGGUGCUACGACACAUUCCAUAGGUCAUGUACACAAGCCCCGCCCUCCCAAAGCGACAGGUUGAGAACGUACCAAAGCAAACGUAAAAAUAAUUGGAGGGGUCAUGUUUGGAGCAGAGGUGCUAAUGGGUAAAGCAGGUGAAAGCACUUACUCGGACAUAAUCCUUUUGUUGGUGUUCAUUUGCAAUCUGAAACAAUCAAAGGUGUGCACAGAAAGAACCACUGAGGUUUGGGUGUGCACGUCUACGUGCGCAUACAAGCACAACUAUGACCAAUGUAUGCCAGGCAUUCCACCACACAAUUUAAAUCCUGAUUGUGUCGCUGAUGUGCUCAUUGUGUGCAUGCAGCAACACUUCCCCCGUGUAGUGUGCACCUGUAUGUACUUCCUGUGUGUUUUUUCAAUAAAGACAAAAAAAAAAAAAACUUUCAGUGAUGUUUGCAUUCUAACACAUUUAAUUUAAACACUCUUAAUUAGAGCGGAGGACACUUUUUGAUGCCACUAUUGUUUUGUAUUUUUGUGACGCUGCAGAUUUUUAUUAAAUGCCAGCCAUUUUC